AUGACAAAGACAGGUAGCUAUUUGUCACCAUUUCCUCGUGGAGGAACUACAUCUGUGAUAUCAAUUGUUGGUACUCCAGGAAUUGGAAAAACCACUCUUUCUCAGUUCAUCUAUAAUGACGAUAAGGUAAAGAAACAUUUCGAUGAUUUAAGAAUUUGGGUUUUUGUAUCGCGUGAUUUUAAUGCCAAAAGAAUAAUUAAAGAAAUAAUUGAGAAAUCAAUUGGAAAUAAAUGUGAUUUAAUGGACUUGGGCGCAAAAUACUUGUCACAACCCGCAGUCAAAAAAGCUGCAUUGGUUGUAGGCAAUUCAGAUACAGCAUAUCGCUUGAAGGGUUUGUCUAAUGAUGAUUGCUGGAAAAUAUUCACAAAGCGUGCUUCUUUUACUCGGACAGAAGAAGAGAAGUAUCUAAACCUUAUUGGGAAAGAACUAAUGCGGAAAUGUGGAGGAGUGCCUUUGGCUACAAAAAUUCUUGGUGGUCUUAUGCGCUUCAAGAGAGAGGAGAGAGAGUGGUUAUAUGAGCAGAAUAGACUAGUAAUCUUUGGACUUUGGGGCUUUACAAAAAUAAAAUUUUACCUGUCCUACUGGUAA